AUGUCUGGUGCAAGCAAGGAUAAUAACCAACACGCCUUAAAUGAGAAGGAUGUACCAUCAAAAAGGGUAAAUGUCAAUUCUUCGGAAAUAGACGCGGAAAAGGAUAAAAACAGUGCUAAAAAGGUAAUUCUAUCCGAUAUCUUGUAUAAGGACUCUUCCUCCGAGGAAUCCGACUCUGAUGAUAUGCUAGAUAUGUUCGCUAGUGAAGAAGAGUUCGAAAAGCAACUGGAAAAGGAAAAGAAGAAAGAGGAGCUCAAUGUUCAGAAAAAGAAUGACAUUGUGGAAAACGCUGAGACUGUAGAGAAUCAAGCAUUGAAGGAUAACUGGGACGAUAAGGAAGGGUACUACAAGCCCUAUGUCGGUGAAGUGUUCGCUUAUAAGUAUAAAGUGGUGGAAGAAACAGGAAAGGGAGUGUUCUCAACGGUUAUCCGCUGCAUCGAUAUGGCCUCGAACGAAACAGUUGCCAUAAAAGUACUGCGUAGUAACGAGAAAAUGACGAGCGAUGCGAAGAACGAGCUCUCUCUUUUGGAAGUGAUCAAAUCGAAGGACCCUCAAAACCAAAAGCACUGCAUUCCUGUUCACAAUAGUUUCAUGUAUCGAAACCAUCUCUGUAUCGUUUUCCCUUACAUGGCGUUCAAUCUCCGAGACACGCUUCGGAAAUACGGAGCAGGUGUAGGACUGAGCUUAAUUGCGAUUCAAUCGUUCGCUCGCCAGCUGUUCCUCGCUCUCUUGCACAUCAAAAAGCUCGGAAUCGUCCACGCGGACAUCAAACCCGAUAACAUUUUGCUCAAAGACGAAAAAUCCAGCUGGAUCGAACUCACCGACUUCGGAAACUCCUUCUACGCGAACGACAGCAAUAAUUUGCCCACUCCUUAUCUCGCUUCUCGCUUCUAUCGCGCUCCAGAAAUCAUUUUAGGAUUGAAAUAUGAUUGUCCGAUCGAUGUUUGGUCGGUUGGAUGCACGCUCUGCGAGUUGUUCACAGGACAAGUCACGUUUCCGGGCACGACGAACAAUGAUAUGCUUCGAUUGAUUCAGGACAUGAAGGGACCGGUGCCACAUCGCAUGGUGAAGGGCCAUAUUACGUCGUACGCUGCGAUGAGCCGAGAAGCCAUGUUCACAGAGGAUUUUAAGUUCAAAUAUCAGAUGAUUGACCCAGUGACAAACACGCCGAUGAUUAAAAUGAUGGUGUAUACGAAGCCGAAAGAGAGUUUGGAGGGAGUGAUUAUGAAGAGUGCUGGAACGAACCAGGACAAGAUGUGUAUGUGA